CUCGGAGACCUGUCAAUUCCUCCAGACCCACGAGCACGAGCCCUUCACAUCUGCCCCACCGAGUGUUGUCAUUCCAGGGGGGGAUUUAAACCCGCCACGGCCCGACACCUGAACCACUUCACCGCUGUCGCACAUCUGGAGCUGACCUCACCUCAGCCCUCCAUGCUCCUGCAAUCCGGCGGGUGUUAAGAUCCAUGGAAGUGGCCGGCUUCUACGAGGCGGGCGGCUUUGCUAUCCACAGUAGAGACGGAGCUAUCGGACCCGUGAGCGGCGGCUCGUACUGGAGGCUCGGCGACUCCAUGUCGGAGCUGGGCAUCGAGGAGCGGGAGAGAGCGAUAGACUUCAGCGCCUACCUGGACUCAGCUUUGCACUGCCCGCAGCUGGUGGCGCACACGCAGACGCACACGCAGCAGCAGCAGGGGGACGUUUUCUCAGAUUUCCUAGCGGAGAACAAGAUCAAGAGAGUUGCAGCGCAGAACUACAAGAGCUACUCGCUGCUCAGCGACCUGGAGGCGAGUCAGUGCGACAGCCUGCGGGACCCCAGGGAGCCCUACUCGCUGGGGUACACGGAGCUGCAGGAGACCCGUGUGGACAGCGUGCUGAGCCCGGAGCUGGGUCGCUACAGAGCCGCCGCCGCCGCCGCUGCUGCUGCUGCUGCGGAGAGAGACGACGCUCAAGAAGACGCGAAGAUGGAGAACGGCUCGUCUGGUUUUGACAUGAGGUCCUACCUUCACUACCAGUCCACCAGCGGGAGUCUGGGGAACAUCUCCACCGCGUCCUCGACUUGCUCCAGCCCGCCCGGCACACCUGCCCCGGCAGGUAGGAGCAAGUCCCCGUCGCACGGCGGCAAAAUGUCCAGCGGCAAAGCGAAGAAGCGCCUGGACAAGGACAGUGAGGAGUACCGGCUGAGGAGGGAGAGGAACAACCUGGCCGUGAGGAAGAGCAGGGACAAAGCCAAAAUGCGCAACUUGGAGACGCAGCACAAAGUCCUGGAACUGACCGCAGAGAACGAUCGUUUACAGAAGCGCGUGGAGCAGCUGUCCAGAGAGCUGGCCACCCUGCGCAACCUGCUCUCUGCCACCGGACAGUGUUAGAAUCCUCCCCCCCGCAGACUGCACACGGAGCCCCGGGCUUCUUGUCUAAUCACUGAUGGACUUUAGAGCCGCAGCUGAUCCGCUGAGUGAGUGUUGAAGACGGUUCGCUGCGCGGGUGAAGACGGCGGCCGACCAGUUUACAAAGACUCUUUGAAUGGGACUGAGGAAGUGGGUGCAUGGAUUGCGCAAUCAUUCACGAUUCUUCACAUGUCACCUUAGCUUUAUUCUCCCAUGUUGUUGUUUUUAUUUCGGUGUAUGCAGUAUUUCUGUGCAGGUUUUACAUACAUGCGAGUGAAUUGGUACUUUUUGUGUAUUCACAGCAGUGGUUGUCAAGGGAAGAGUUGUGCUGCAGUGAAAUGAUGCAACUCUUUGUAAUAGUAUUGGCAAUGAAUGAAAUAAGUCUAAUUAUUUAAUAUUAAAAGGUGAAAUGCUUUAAUUGUACUUGAUAUUUUAUGGAAUUAAACAGAUUUAUACUUUGUCUUAACAA